CGGGCUGGGCYGAGCCGAGCCGAGCCGGGCCCGGGCGGCGGGGCCUGUGCGGUUCCCUCCGCCGUCAGCGCCGAGCCCGGGCGGGGCGGGCAGCGAGCAGCGGCGGCGGGGGUCACCCCUCCCGGGAUGUCGCAGAGUGUCAUGUCCGAGACCUACGAUUUCCUGUUUAAGUUCUUGGUCAUAGGAAAUGCUGGAACUGGAAAAUCCUGUUUGCUACACCAAUUUAUUGAAAAGAAAUUCAAAGAUGACUCAAAUCAUACUAUAGGAGUGGAAUUCGGUUCAAAAAUCAUCAAUGUUGGUGGUAAAUAUGUAAAAUUGCAGAUAUGGGAUACAGCAGGACAAGAGAGAUUCAGAUCUGUAACAAGGAGUUACUAUAGAGGGGCUGCAGGUGCUUUGCUUGUCUAUGACAUAACCAGCCGGGAAACCUACAAUGCACUUACUAAUUGGUUGACAGAUGCAAGAAUGUUAGCAAGUCAAAAUAUUGUGAUAAUCCUGUGUGGAAACAAAAAGGAUCUUGAUGCAGAUCGUGAAGUCACUUUUUUAGAAGCAUCCCGGUUUGCACAGGAAAAUGAGCUGAUGUUCUUGGAAACAAGUGCUCUAACAGGAGAAAAUGUUGAAGAGGCCUUUGUACAGUGUGCAAGGAAAAUACUCAAUAAAAUUGAAUCAGGAGAAUUGGAUCCAGAGAGAAUGGGCUCAGGCAUUCAGUAUGGAGAUGCUGCCUUGAGACAGCUGAGAUCACCACGUAGAGCACAAGCACAAAGUGCUCAAGAAUGUGGGUGUUAGAGAAACAAAACACAAAAUCCCAAAUACUUACUUUAGAUACUGAAGCUGUCUUUGCAAAUGGUGUUUGAAGAAACAGAAAAGCUUGAAGGCUAUGCAGUUUUUAAAAAAUCUUUCCACUAUCUACAUGCCAGAGCAGACCACUGCUGAUAGAAAGGUGUCUGGUGGUGGGGGGCAGGAAUGUGCACAACACACRAGUCUGCAAAGCAAACUUGGUAGUUUGGUGGACAAUAUUAAGACUCAUACCUGUAUGUAAAUGUUUUCCAUUACCUGUUUUUGUUCUUUCACCUCUAGUUUAAAGCAUUGCAAUGUACUGUAAAUAAUAUAACAGUAAAUUUAAAAAGCAUGGUAUACUUACAUAUGCUAUUAGAAUGUUGCACUAUAAGCAGUUUAAUAUUUUAUUUUUUUAUCAUAUAAACAAAUUUAACCRAGGUAGGCUUUGUCACAUUUGUUUGUUGCACUAUAGUUUGUAUUCACAACCUGAUUAUAAAACCACUGGCAACUGUUAGUGAGAGAUUGUUGGUUUAUUUUUUCCUACUCAGUUUGCCACAUUCUAACAACCUGUUGGCAGGAUCGAUUCUUAACAUGUGGUUAUGACCCAUACUUCUGUAUCCKGAUGUAUCAAGAUGAAAAGGAAAGUUAAAGCACAAGAGCAGAGGAAGAAUGCUACAMCGAGCUUACCAUCUUUCAUCAAAUUAGACUUGUGUUUAUUCCCUUUGUCCUGACAUUUUUGGUUCAAAUGGAUGCUUAUCUGAAAAGUAUGCACCUUAGGUUGUUUCUGAAUUAAAUGGAGUUAAGCAUGCUUUGUACGUAAAAGCCUGGGUUUAGGUUUAAAAAGGCUGUUGGGUCCAAAACCUUUCAUGUUGUGUCACUUCUCUGAUUGCUGUAUUUAGGRUUGAACUGCUAACAAUUAUUCUCAAGGGGUAUUCCCUUCCUGGUAGGAGUGUGAAGUGUUUUUUGAAACAGCAUAACUGCAUUUUCAAGAACAUCAGAGAACUCCAAAGAAACUUACCUGUCUUAAUCCUCACUCAGUUCAUCUUGGCUUUCACAACUGCAAAUGCUUACCAAAAGCAAGUCCUCUGGAGUAGGAAGUUGCAUGGAGCUGUCUCCUCCACCUGUCCAAAUAACCAGUUAUUAACUGGAAUAUGUUGGGUGCCAGAGCUGGGGAGGGUGCUGGUUCUGAAACCCCAAAACAGUUCUGGAAUACUGGAAAAAGAUGAGGUACUGGGUAGUCUGUUGCACCACACACCAUACCACAACCCAAUCAGGUUUCUUGGCACACAGACAAAAGCURAACACUGACACAGCACAAGUAGAGCCAAAGGCUCCUCUCCUGUCACUGUUACAGUGGUGGAAGGGGUAUUGCCUGUUGAUAAAAACCUCUUUCCUUUAUUACAGUAGCAAUUGAAAGGAGCAGAGGACUGUUGCUUAUUAAUAGAAAUUUCAGGGGUUUCACCRUGAUUUUCUUCUACAUUCUGUCCCUUUUACAUACAAGACUUGGCUCUUUUAUACUUGGUUCUUAUGAUAAUUUUGGUCCAGUGUCUCUGGUUUAAAAAGCAGUAAGCAGUUUUAUUCUUAAUUGUCUUAAGCUGUCCCCUUCCUCCCUGGAAGGAAAGAAUAGUAUCAUUUUAAUGAGUUUGGACAURUUUUUACCAUUUUUUUAAUGUAUACUCCUACUGUAUACACAUUAACCUGGUUAAUGUGCAUGUUUUGUAGUAUCUCAGUCUUUUAUGCUGAAUAUCUUGCUGGCAUUCUAAAAAGAAAUUUUCUAAAAUUGCAACUCCUUGGAGAAAUACUGUUGGAAGCAAUAGCUCUAAGCAGUGGAGACUAUUGUUUACUACUGCUCCUCUGAGGAUCUUUUAUUUCUAAAARUAAACAUCAUGCCAAUAUCAGCCCUGGAGUAGAUUUCAAGCUUUAGCAUUAUAGUUGACACAGCAAAUCAAACCUAGCUCACCUGAACAGUAAGUGAUAAGGAGGUUAUGUAUGUUUUUCGGGUAAAAGUCCUAUUUUACCAAAGGAAGAUGGCUGGGAGUUUUACAUGAAAUACCACCAUGUACCUGUAUCUGAGGUUUCAUUGGAUGUGGACUUUCAGCUGUUCAGCCCAUUAAGAGAUUUAAAUGUCUUAUUAAAGCCUCUGUCUUGCCUUUUAAUGAGUCUGUUGGCCUACACUUAUUUCCUUUAAUGCUUGUAUCUAGCACCAAAUAAAGAAUCUUCCUUGAUUUUCUAGGUGUCUUACACCAAAUCCUAUUUACUUGUACAAGCUUUAUCUGUUGUGUGAAUUCAACGGCAUGACUAUUAGGCAAUUCACAUAGAAUUUACAGUUGCCCUACCUUAUCCAUUCUUUGCAUUCUACUAGGUAUGCUGUAUGGCUCAAGAGUUCUCUUACGUCCAAUCAAAAGUGAAUGCCAUAGAAGAACCUGAUUAUUCUGUGCAACUCAUUUCCAUUAAAUUUUAGAUGCUGAAAGAAUUAACACUAUAAAUAUCUCAAGAAAUAUAUUGUAAAUCCACAGAGUAAAAAUAGUCUCAUUUACUGUAGAACCCAUGGCAUACAGAACUUCAGUAUAGCCAGCUGCUAAAGCUUAAUUUUUCUUGCGUUUCUGUUCUUAGUGAUACAACUUCCUGAUUUUUCUGUUACCCUUUUUCCUCUAAAGUUCUAAAUUUAUAUUCUCAAAGGCAUAGUAUUUCAGACAGCUGUUAUAGCUGGAGUUUUUUCCUUGUUAUAGUAGGGGRAAAAAUGUGAUUCAGGUUGGAAGAGGAUGUUAAGACUCUCUGGGAGAGUUAUGGGGAGGAACAGAAGAGAGUAGAAUGGUGGCUGUAAUCUAMCCUCAUACCCCACCUUAGUCAUUACCAAAGCCUGUUGCUUUCAUUCCAGGAGAAAAUAUCUGGGACAUGCCAAAGCCACAGUUGCAUGCAGGGACUGAAGUGCCCUGUAAGGGGGAAAAAAAAGUCUGAGACCCCACAAAACACAAUACAAGCAGUCCAGGCAUUUUGUGUCACUCAUUUUAUUCACAUGUAUAAGUUGACACUACACUUUUAUUACAGACAAUAAGCAUUUAAAACAAAUACUGUUUAAAAACUUUAAAAAACACAUAUUGCUUCAAGCUUAGAUGGUAUUUCCCUAUUGUUUUUAAAGUGAAUUCRGUGCUAACAACAGCUGAGGCAGCUUCCCAUUCACUUGUACCCCUAAUUUCAUAGGGCUACUGGCAAUAUCUCGAGUCAGGCUCAAUUUAUGGCUUUGCUGCUGAGUGCACUAACUGAGCUGGAAAAUAAACCGGACCAUCCAGGUUACCACACUUAGGCCCUCGGAUUGCUAGCAUUUGGUUCCUAUCACAGUAAAAAAAAAAAAAAAAAAAAAAAAAAA